AUGUCGUCCUUCAGCAGCAACGGCAGCACCCUCGACGCCAACACCUCCUCGGACUCUGAUGUCCGUAUGCUCCUAGCAGCCGAAGACCAGGAAUGGUCAUUCGUGCAUCUCGAGCUCGUCGAGGAAGACGAUGACGAUACUUUUUCUUCUUCUUCUCCUUCUCCCUUCUUGUCCUCUUCGCCCGUCGACAUUCAACUGUCGACACCGACAUGGCCAGAAGUUACUUCGGCAACGACGGUGGCCUUCUCCUGGGAUCAACCAGGAAACAAUGAAGCCACCGACUUCCAUGUCGACGACUCGAUCGCCCACGGCGUCCGAGCACAAAUGGCCAACGACCUCCACCGAGAGGUCCGGCUCACAGUGGCAGCGAGCGAGUCCGAUGACGACGACGACGACAACGACAACGACAACAACAACAACGAGAACGAGAACGACGACGAACUCCCCACGGAGGAGUGGUGGGAGAACACCCUGACCGGGAAUUAUCUGGUCGGCCCUCUCUCCCAGUUUCGAAGCCACGGGAACUGGGUCCGCCUCCCCUCGGCGCCCAGCACAUCCUCGACGACCACUCCAUCGCCGAGGACGGGGAGACGCACGAUCCGCCGGCUGUUGAUAGACUCGGACGAUGAGCUCGAAGGGUUCGUCAGAUCCGGCGGCCAGACUAGGCCGUGGCUAUCGCUGGCUCCAGAACCUUCUUCUGCUCGCCGAUCCGGCAUCCCUAUCGUUGCGGAAGACGAGGAUGGCACAGAGGAGACCGCCGUGCCCAAUGACCCAGGGCGCCCUCAGACUCGGGAUUUGGGGCCAUGUGGGCAGAGUAGUCACUGGGCUGAUCUUGCGCUCUUGAACCGGUGGAGAUCCGCAGCCGUUGCGACAAGAUGA